AUGCUUCAACCACGGUUACAAAUAUGGAUAACUUGUAAUAAGUUGCUUUCUUCUUGUGUGGGCCUUUCCAAGAAGCCUGUUCUUCCAAAGAAAGCGAGAUCGAGUGGAGAAGCAGGUUCUUUCGUCGACUACCGUCGAGUACGGUGCAUUGCUGGAAAUGGCGGUGAUGGAAUGGUCUCCUUUUUUAGGGGUUAUCGGAAACCAUUUGGUGGUCCGGAUGGUGGCGAUGGUGGAAACGGAGGACAUGUUUUAUUUAAAGCAUGCCAUCACACAAAAGAUCUCUCGCACCUGCGAUCUACAGAAAAGGCUGAAAGGGGUGAAUUUGGAGGAUCGAAGUCGUGCCAUGGCAAAUCAGCUGAACAUCUCGAGAUUCGGGUACCGGUUGGCACUCUUUUCAAAAACGAUGGCACAGUGGUGUACGAAUUGCUCAAUGAUGGCGAAAUUUUUGUCGGAGCACGUGGUGGUGCUGGUGGCCAUGGCAAUCAAUUUUACGUUUCAAACGAAAUACGCAAGCCCUUCAAAGCUGAGAUCGGCGGUAGGGGUGAAGAGGUAGUCUACGAUGUAGAAAUGCGUGUAAUCGCAACAGCCGGUCUGGUGGGAUUCCCAAACGCCGGCAAAUCCUCUCUGCUGCGCGCCAUAUCACGGGCUAAGCCGAAGGUCGCCUCAUACCCCUUCACAACAUUGAAACCACACAUCGUGGCCGAUAUCCCUGGUCUUAUUGAGGGUGCACAUGAAGAUCGCGGCCUCGGUGUGUCGUUUCUACGACACAUCGAAAGAUGUAGGUGCCUAUUUUACGUGUUGGAUAUCACGUUAGGUGAUUUACGAGAACAAUUUGAUCUGCUACGAGUAGAACUGGAAGCAUAUCAAAGCGGACUUUCCGAGCGUCCCACUGCAAUUGUUCUUAAUAAAAUUGAUCUUGAUCCUUCACAAAACAAUGAAUCGACACGGAGUCUUUUUCGGGAGUACCCAACAUUUUUCGUAUCCGCCAAGACAGGAAUCGGGUUGGAAGAGUUACUGAUAUACUUGCGAGAUGAAUAUGAUAAAACAAAGCAAUGA